AAUUUGAUUUUAUGCGAUCACGUCGCUUGUGCAGGCGUAAACGGUGAAUUCGACGUUCAGCUUCCCGCCCUCGGCGAACUGCCGGGCGUCGAAGAAGAGGCAGUCCCUGCUGGCGAUGGCCGACUCGAUGCUCUCGUGGAGCGAGCGAGGCCUGUCCUUCCAGGUGAGUGAGCGGACGCCGUCGCGAGUCACUUCAACCCGGUCAGUGUCACUGAUGACAGGUGAACCACCCACGAAGAGACCAGCAGCCAUGGGCAAGACGAUCGGAACACACAGUGGCAAUUUCCACUGUGACGAUGCGCUUGCCUGUUUCCUGUUGAAGCAGCUCCCAGAGUACAGGGACGCCACUGUGGUUAGAUCUCGAGACCAAGCUGUCCUGGACACCUGCGAUGCAGUUGUGGAUGUCGGUGCCGUGUAUGACCAUUCCAAGAGCCGCUAUGACCACCACCAGAAGAGCUUUGAGGAGACGAUGCACUCCCUUGACCCGACCAAGAAGUGGACCACCAAGCUGAGCAGCGCGGGUCUCGUCUAUGCCCACCACGGACGGGAGGUGAUCGCCGAGACGCUUGGCUGGAAGCUCGCCGAGCCAAACCUCGAGAAGAUAUACGACAAAGUCUACGAGAACUUCAUGGAGGAGAUUGACGCCAUCGACAACGGCAUCAGUGCCUACGAUGGGGAGCCACGGUACCGGAUAAACACGAACCUAAGCUCCCGAGUGGCGCACCUGAACCCGCCUUGGAAUGAACCGAACCCCAAGCUCGACGAGCAGUUCCAGAAAGCCAUGAAGCUGACGGGUGAAGAGUUCCUAGAGCGUGUGCGUUUUUACGCUACUGCGUGGCUGCCUGCCCGUGAACUUGUCCUGACGGCUCUGCAGCAGCGACAAAAGGUUGGCGAAGCAGGUACCAUCCUGACUCUGGAGCGUGGUGGCUGUCCUUGGAAGGACCACCUGCUGGCCCUAGAGGAGGAGCUGUCCAUCCCUGGCGAGGUCAAGUUCGUCUUGUACCAGGACCAGGGCGGCAGCUGGCGGGUGCAGGGUGUGCCCGUGGCCCUUGGCUCCUUCGACUGCCGGGUGUUCCUUCCAGAGAAGUGGCGAGGAGUGCGGGAUGAGGAGCUGUCGAAAGUGAGCGGCAUUGAUGGCUGCAUCUUUGUCCACUCCAGUGGCUUCAUCGGUGGCCACAAGACAAAGGAAGGCGCUCUUGAGAUGGCUACGCGAACACUCAAGGCCACUGCAUAGCCACAGGCAUAGGCCAAGGCUAUGUGGCUCGAGGUGAUGUUGGCCGUGGCGAUGAGGGCAAAGCCGAUGAUCAUGAAGGUGACCUUGAAGAUGCGGUCCUGCGGCCGAUUCAUCUUGGGCGGCAGGACUUCCAGGAAGGUGACGUGGAAGAAAGUGCCUGCGGCCAAUGCCUGGACAAAGGCCUUGGUCAGUGUGCCAAUCUGCCGGCCCAUCAAUAGCCCAGCCAUCUGUGCAGAUAAAAAAAAGAGGGUUUGCAAAAGUCUCAUGUUGGUCAUAAGUCAUUGUUUACAUUUGUUCACUGACUGAUGGGAAUAAAACAAAAAAGCUUAUCACAUUCUU